GUCUCGGGUCUCGGUGCUUGGACGCACUUGGACGGAGGGCCGAAGCUGAGGCAGAAACGUUCCAUAUGACCACAUAUGACAUUUCUCAGAUUCGCGUAACAAAAAGUAAAGCGUUACGAUUAAGGGGGGGAGGGUAUUUUUAAAAGUCGUAUUUAUCUCGUUACAACUUCUGUACGCGCAACAUCGUGCUCGUGCCGCACAAUUUCAGAUUUCAAUUCUCUCUGGUAAAUUAUAGUAAUGGCAACUCCAAAAGUGUGGGCGACAAUACAACCUCUGGACAAUCCGGUGAAUCUACUAGAUAUCACGACGGAACAAUUGGCUGCGAGUAUGCAGGAGAGGGAGAAGAAAUAUUUUAACGAGAACAACACCUACGAAGGGGAGAAGAAGACAGGAGAAACGUACGAUGCAACUGACACUGAUAACGACGAAGUAAUAGCAAAUUUGUUACAAACUCAAUUUAAUCACGAGUACGACACAAUGUUGAAGCGUACAGAAGAGAAGUUCAAUCGUGAUUCGAAAGUGAGCAUUUCGUAUAGUAAUUACCGUAGUUCUUUGUACGACACCAAGGAUGAAGAUAAUGCGGAUUCCAAUGUGGAUGACAGUAACAGGGACUUCGAUCGUUUCGUCAGUGUAGAGAAAGAGUAUGCUUCGAUACCACGUUGUGGUUACAAGAAGAUGGGAAAAGAUUCUCAGAUUGUUACGAAGCAUGACAUCUUGAUGUCUUCCAGAAUUAACGCCUGCCGAUUAUUACAAUUCCCACCAGGAAUUGACACGGGAGACACGGGUGGUUUUGAUGUCAAACUGAACAAUAAAGUAUAUAACACCCUGCGUGCUUACAGUCGCGCGCAAUAUUCCAAGGAGAGGGCAAAAGUCUCGCCAAAAUCUAAAACCCAUUUGAAAUAGAACGUCAAUCCGGCAUAUGGUUUCUUCCUAAUAGCAGUAUUUUGUACCUCGUUAACAUGCGAUAUGUACAUCUUUGUUUUUUUUAAAUAUUGCAUUAAUAAAUCAUUUAUCUUAAAUUAUUAAAAACAAAUUAUUUCAUGUAAUUAUAUAUGAAAUAUUAAUUUGAUCCUUUAAUAAUUAUGCCAUAUCAAAGACUCAAAUAUCGAUAAAUGUCGCUAACGAAGUACGGGAUAUCUGUGCUUUUAAUUUCCUGUAAUUACUUAUGCCUACUUAAUGUAAAUACUUCAGGGUACUUGCAUGAUAUGACGAAAUGACAAAUUUGUACAUACUUCAGUUAAAAUGUGUACAUUAUAUAAAAUAAAAUAAAAAAAAUAAAAAAAUAAA